AUGAUCUGCCACGCGGCUGGGCGAACGAAGAACCACACUGGACAUGACACUAACAACACGCAGUUCCACUGGCAAGCAACCAUCAUGGGUCCCGGCGACUCACCAUAUUCCGGCGGUGUCUUCUUCCUAGCAAUCCACUUCCCAACCGACUACCCCUUCAAGCCCCCGAAGGUCAACUUCACCACCCGCAUCUACCACCCCAACAUCAACUCCAACGGCAGCAUCUGCUUGGACAUUCUGCGAGACCAAUGGAGCCCUGCUCUUACUAUCUCAAAGGGUGCGUUACCCGAGUCCCCUAUGUCGAGUAGAAUACAUACUGACAAAAACACAGUGCUGCUGAGUAUCUGCUCGAUGCUGACAGACCCAAACCCCGACGACCCGCUCGUCCCCGAGAUCGCACACGUCUACAAGACCGACCGGUCCCGCUACGAAUCGACGGCGCGCGAGUGGACCCGAAAGUACGCCAUCUAG